AUGGAUGAGGGAUCGGAUAAGGCCCCUCGCCGCAAGAGGGUCUCCCGAGCUUGCGAUCGCUGUCGCACUAAGAAAGAUAAAUGCGACGGCAUUCGUCCCACUUGUUCCGCCUGUCAGGUAUCGGGCCAAUCCUGCUCCUACGACCCCCAUGCAAAGAAACGCGGUCUCCCCGAGGGCUACGUCCGUGGCUUGGAGAAGUUGUGGGCGCUGUCGAUCUGCAACAUUGACGGGUUCGAGGAUACCAUGCUGGCCAUGCUAGGAAAUACCGCCGAAUCCGCUGAUCGUCACGAGAAAUUAAUGUCCGUGUGGUCGGACGAUAGUGCCUCGGAGAGUUUACACGAAUCUUGGAAAUCGAGUCGGCUAUUCGGCGCGCUGGAGAAAAUGUUGUCUAGUUCUGAUGCGCCGGGCUCGGCGACCGGGAAGCGAUCGCGUAACUCACACGAUGAUGGUCCCGACGGUCAAUGGGGGUUCCGAGUAGCUCGCACUUCCACCCCGCUCGGUCCUGGUGCUCCGCGUAUAGAGCUCCUUGCCGCAUCGGGUGUAAAGCGGGCUCGAUUGUCCAAAGAGCCGGAUAGUUGGGGUAUCGCUGGACCUAGUCCCCAAACGCUGCAGUUGCCGCCUCAAACGUCGCAGCUGCUCGAUAUCUACUUUGCGGUCACGCAUUCAUGGUUCCCCGUGGUCGCCAAGCAUAACAUUCUCCGCGCUUCGUACCUUUACGCCAACGCCCCUAUAUAUGUUGCCACGACUUCACCUGGGUCCGGCGAUCAUGCCGCCCUGUGGGCAAUCUUGAGUUACACUAUCACUCAAUCGCGAACAAAUUCACGGGCUGGUCCCACUGGAACAGUCGCCCUGGUGAAGGAAUAUUAUACCAUCUCACGGAAUCUCAUCCCCACGGAGAAAGAGCGUUAUGAGGCCGGCCAUAUUCAGGCUUUACUGCUGCUGGCCUUGGUGAACAUGGGCCUUGAAGAAUGGACCGCGGCUUGGCUGUUGAGCGGCCAAGCAGUGCGUAUGGCGAUUGCCAUGGGCCUUGGAACUGUGUCCGACAACCGGCGGUCUGAUGAACUCAGACAAGGUAAGGCGGUGUUCUUGGGAUGCUUUGUAGUUGAUUCUAUGCUCUCUUUCCGUCUUUCGCGGAGCCCAGCCAUGACUCCAAGCGACCUCACUGCGGUGGGACUUUUGGAAGAAGAUGGACUGGAGGAGUGGAACUCCUGGGUGGACGUUUUACCACCCACAGGUGCUCCACAGAGCAGCAAGAACCCGCCACGCCGAGGACCACUCUUGGCCCUGAGCUGCUUCAACCGCUUAGUUGAGUUGGCGAGCGUUCUCAAUAAAAUCUCCCGUCACAUGUCUUCGGGAUACAAUAUGGCCACCUUUGCGCAGCAAUUGGUCAUGGAGCUUAAGCAAUGGGAUGACCGCCUACCUCUGGGAUGCCGUCUGAUUGGACCGGAAAGCAUUUAUCCAGAGCGGCAUUCAGCUCUACUUCCCCAUCAAAGCUACCUAGGGCUAACCUAUGUGGCCACCCUACUUUGGCUCUAUCUUCAAUUGAUAUCGGGUGAGCAGGGGUUGCACCGCUCACAGCGCCCAGCUACGGAGGGGGCAAAGAAGCUCCUCUACCGAGGGCUCUCUAUGGUCACCCAACACUUGGAAAACUUCUCCAUGUGCUCUCUCCCACCGUUGUUCGAGCUAAGUCUUCGCACAAUUGCGGAGCAAGCGUUCAGAUUGCGCAACAUCGCCGACUCAUCGGACACCUUUCCCUUUGCCAGGUGGGCAGACGAGUUCCGACACAAAACGGCAGCUUUCGCCUCCACGUGGCCGGCAUAUGGAUCUUUGGUUUCCACCAUGGAGAGAUGGCAGCACUCCAAAGAUAGUGGGGGGGCGUCCACUUUCCCCGGGGCCGUUGGUCAUCCAUAUUCAGGUGCACCCAUGGCAGGCUCCAUGCAACCCCCAGGCGGAGCUCGCAGCCUACCUCAAAAUGGCGAUGUAGAUUACACCUCUUCUAUCCUUGGCAUCAGUAUGCCAGCCGAUGGGCAAUCUUUGACCCCCAAAGACACAGUAAUGGGAAACACAGAGCUAGGCAUGAUGGGCGUGUCACCACACCAUCCAAGGGAAGUACAGUCGGUUCUAUCAGAUAAGAUCACUCCACGCAGCAGAGCAGAUUCCGUGUAUGGCGCAACUAGCGCACAUCAUCAACAACCACAACCCCAAACUCCCGACUCGACAACCUCAAACCCAGUGAUGCCUGCAAACCUGGCUUCCACCGGUGACAUCGACGCCAUCUUCAAAGACCUCGCAUACCUCGAUACCACUGAAUGGUCCACGAACCGCGAGGCCGGUCUGAAAGACUUUGGGUUCUUGGACGAUAGCACCUUCCAGGCUUUCUGUCAUGACCCGGAUCGCUUGAGCGGAUCACAGCCACUGGUUCAUCCACCUUCUAUAGCGGAUAUCUGGCCACCGCCUGGGUUCUUCCCAGAGACCUUCCGGGAGGUCCCCGAGGAGUCUAUGGGCAGCUGA